AGUUAAUCCAUUCCACAUCCGGGUUAGGUCUCUGCUGUUUACUAUCAGGAGGAUGGAUGGCUAAUGCUAACCGAGCGAAAAAACUGUACUUAAAUCGUACAUAUCACAGCUGCGUGGGUACAAAUGGCGUCUCAGAUCCCCAUAACCGUGAAGAGCCAACAGGUAGUCGCUAGUGCUGUCGCUGCCCGGGGAAAGAAACGUCCCGGUAGUCCGGCGGUGUCAGCCGCACAGCAGGCUAAUGCUAAUGCUAAUGCUAGCGGCAAGAAGAAGAAACAAGCGGCACCUACGACACAGACACAGACACAGGUACAGGUGUUUCAUCAGAUUACAACGGUGGAGGUGGUGCCUGAGGUGAAGGCAGUGGGGUCUGUAGACCCCGGUCCAAGCGCCACCACAGAGCCCACGGCAAAACCCCCUCCUUUCAAAGACCACGCAUUUAUGCAUUCAGGGAUUGGUGGAGCAGCUGCUGGCAAAAAGAACAGGACCUGGAAGAACCUCAAACAGAUCCUGGCUUUGGAGCGGACUUUGCCCUGGAAGCUCCAUGAUCCCAGCUACUAUAACAUUGAUGCUCCGCCCUCCUUGAAGCCAGCCAAGAAAUACUCUGACAUCUCCGGACUCCCUGCAAAUUACACAGACCCUCAGACGAAGCUGCGCUUCACGUCCUCUGAGGAGUUCUCCUACAUUCGCCAGCUCCCCACUGAUGUCGUUACGGGCUACCUGGCUCUUCGAAAGGCAACGUGCAUCGUCCCCUGACAUUUGAAACUGGUUAAAACCUGAAACAAACCAGAACUGAACACAUGUUGGUGUAGAAAGCCUUCGGUCCAGCCAGGAGAGAGCGCAGGCUGCUCAAAGAGAACUACUCCAAGGACAGUUAAUGAAACUUAAAGGCUCAUCUCUGCUGUUGUAAAGGAGUCAACCUGAGUUAUAAUUGUUACUGUGUGACAAUAUGAAUGGAACAUUUAUGAUUUUCUUUCAUUUAGAAAGAAUAUUUGCUUCUUAUGCUUGUAAGAGGUGCUCAGUGUCUGUAUGUCGUGAUGUCACCUCAUCACAAAAUAUCCAGUGAACAUGAAGAGCACAUCUCCCAAAGGAACAGAGAGAUUAUUCAGAAAUCAGCAAUUGGAUCUGCUACUGCUAAUUUGUUAAAGUACGUGAUCCCAAAAAAGUUUCUCAUGAGUGUGCCCACUUCGUCUGGAAAGUUUGGAAGCUUGGCAUGAAUUUACUCCAGCUCGCUCCUUGGGAGACACACAGUUAUUAUAACUUUACUCAAGCGAUAUGUGAUGUUGUGUGCCCCCUUGUGUAAAAUAUCUCUCCUUCCAGCGCUGAGUCAGGUUGUGGAAGAUAAACAAGAAAUAUUGCCAAGCCGUUGGAAGAGUUUGUUAAUUUUUCAUUCACGGCCUUUUCUUUCUACAAGAUGCAAAUUAAAGCUUGGAUUUGGUGUUAAA